AUGAUUAAGGUCUGUCCAUUUAUUGGAUUAAAUGGUGAAAUAUGGGAUGAUAAGGAAGAUAAAGUAGUCAAGAUUUUUAUAUCUCAUGGUAGAAGAGUGAAUUUCAUUCAGUUUUUAUUCAUCAAAAAUGGAUCUUUUGUCUUGUCCAAUAAACAUGGUGGUGAUGGAGGCUUAAAAUUUGAUACAAUUAAACUUGAUUAUCCCUCAGAGUUUAUCACUUGGAUACGUGGUUACUAUGUGGAAUUUCAUCCUACAGUAAUUCAACCUGCUAAUUAUGUGACAUCAAUCACAUUUGGUACAAAUAAAGCUACUUAUGGACCUUUUGGAAGCCAUGAAAGUUCUGAUAUUGAGUUUGAUUUUCAGUUUGGAACAGAUGGAGCUUUUGGUGGAUUUCAUGGCACAACUCAUAUUCAUUAUCUUGAAAGUAUCGGUGUUUAUAUCAAACCAAUUACUUGUUCUACAAUAGUAGAGAACAGGGAAGCAAAUAACAGUAAUGUUUCAUGA